CACAGGGCCACAUGGCGUUUGCCAUUGCUCGCUGGAGUCUGGGGAGGACGGAGACAGAGCAAGGCUCUGGGGAUGGGCUUCGCAUCUGUCACACACAUGGCGUCCGCCAUCUCUGCUGCUUCUUCGUCCUCUUCUUUCUUACUCCGAAACGGACGGCCUUUCGGAGCAUCGCGGCUGGGUCUGGCCUGUCAAACCCUUUUCCCAAAGACAUUUUUAGCUCGCCCAUCUCACAAUUCCAGAUCCCUGACUUGCGCGAGAGCUUCUAGUGAUGAAGAAGCAUCUGCCAGAGCAGCUGCAUCGUCUGCCGAAAGUGGAGCGCCUACAAUCUUCGACAAGAUCAUAUCAAAGGAGAUUCCUUCAACUGUAGUAUAUGAAGAUGAGAGAGUCUUGGCAUUUCGUGAUAUUGAUCCACAAUCUCCAAGUCAUAUUUUGCUGAUUCCCAAGAUUAGGGACGGACUAACUCAACUUUCCAAGGCUGAACCAAGGCAUGUGGAUAUAUUGGGUCAUCUUCUUUACACUGCAAAAUUAGUCGCAGAGAAGGAGGGUCUCUCAAAUGGUUAUCGAGUGGUCAUCAAUAAUGGCCCCGAUGGAUGUCAAUCAGUUUACCAUCUUCACCUGCAUAUACUUGGUGGAAGACAAAUGAGAUGGCCUCCAGGUUGAUUGUCGUCUUGUUGGUGUAGAUUUAACUUUCCUCUUGUAGUAAAACUUUCAUAGUAGCGAUGAUCAGCAGGCAUAUGUGUAUUCUUUCUUUAGGUGGUAGUCAUUUUCUUAUAUCUGAUUUAUGGUUGAAUUUGGUCGAGUUGGAGCUUUAUGACCAUCUGCCUUUUUAUAAUAAAAAGAGAGCUUAGGUGGCUGCAGCUUUGUGAACUCUGUACCAGAGAUGGAUCUGCAACUAAAGUCGAUCUUCUGCAAGCUUGACCGACUAUUUGUUGUUCAAUUGAUUAUUGUCUUUAGUACGUUUCCGACAAAA